CAGCGUUGUGGUUUGACGAGGCACUGCUUCUUCCCGUGGGAAAGGGGGAAACUCGUUUUCAUUGUGCACAUCUGCUAGGAGGGGCGUGGAGGAGCUGCCGGUGGGAGCUGCUGCUGCUAGAGGAAGUGCUGCCUGGAGGAGGAGAGUGGAGGUCUGCAAUAGAGGUUGAGAGAGGAGGCUCUCAUAGCCACCAUCUCAGCAGUAGUGGAGGUGCUGCUGGCUAUAGCCACAGUCAUAACGACGGUCGUGGGGGAGGCACUGUUACUUUUUGCGGCAACUGCGACGACGACGCAAACUUUUACGGCGGUGGUACGGAAGUGCUGCCGAACUUCUGCGGCGGCGACGCAGGCUUUUACAGCGGUGGUACGGAAGUGUUGCCAAACUUCUGCGGCGGCGACGCAAACUUUUACGGCGGUGGUACGGAAGUGCUGCCGAAGUUUUGCGGCGACGACGCAGGCUUUUUAUGGCGAUGGUACGGUGGUGCUGCCAAACUUUUGCGGCAACGACGCAAGCUUAACGGCGGUGGUACGGAAGUGCUGCCGAACUUUUACGGCGGCGACGCAAGCUUUUUACGACGAUGGUACGGUGGUGCUGCCGAACUUUUGCGGCAGCGACGCAAGCUUAACGGUGGUGGUACGGAAGUGCUGCCGAACUUUUGCGGCGACGACACAGACUUUUUACGGCGAUGCUACGGUGGUGCUGCCGAACUUUUGCGGCGGUGACGCAAGCUUAACGGCGGUGGUGCGGAAGUGCUGCAAAAAUUUUACGGCGACGGCACCAAGC